GACCAUCUGUUUCUGGACUGUGUUUAUGAGUGUCAUAUGUUUUUAUGUUCAGGAAGUGGAAUGGUGUUUAUACAGGUGUGGUGGGCAAUUUGAACGUUUGAACUUUGACGCUACGAUAUCCGCAUUCCGGCACAUGUCUAUAUAAAUAAUGCUUGGGUUUCUGCUGAAACAGAAAAAUGCUGCAAAACAUGUCUGGUUUGUACUCACCUAAAAACCGUGAGCCAGAAUGGUGCAAAGAGAUGAUGGAAAGUCUGACUUUGGCUCCGAGAAAGGCGUACGGACAUGUCCAAUUGACAAAAUUUCUCCAUGACAAUAAGGAGUAUGCGAAAGGUGAAUUUUUGAUGAAUAGUAACCGUGUAUUCGGUUACAUACUGCAUAAAGCGGGUCGGGUCGUUACGCUCUACACAUCUGAAAACAGAGAUGAAUUUAUACCGGGGGAAGACCCAUGCCUUGUAUUACCGGAUAAAGACUGGACUUUAUUUUAUACACGAGUCUGGAAAGAUCUGAAUGACUGUAGAGAAGAACCUUUGUACAUCGCGGAGUGGGAUGGGAUAACUCCGAAUGUCCGCUUCCGAGUGGUCGGUGAUUAUUCUAAUAAGAAACAGGAUGAGUGCGUCUACAUAUUCUGUUGCAAAGACAAGACAAAACUCGGCGACCGCUCAGGAGCUGUCUCGCAUAUUGAACAUAAUGAUAUGUAUGAGAUGCAAUUUUUGUUCAAAUGGUGUGAUCUGGCUCAGCUGAGUUCCCUUUUCUCAAUCAUAAACAAAAUGUUCAAAUGGUGUGACAUGCAUGAUGGGUACAACAGAAUUAAAGCGCAGCUGUUCCACCCCGAGAGAUGCGCACACAGCAGUACAUAUGCUCUGCCGUCCCCGCCCAUUCACUACACCCAUAAAGAGAGCGGUAAGGCUGGACCUCCCCUCAGAACAUCUUUAUAAGCCAUGUCUCAAGACGUCACUUCAGAGCGGGGUCGCAACAGUAGUUGUGGAGUCUCUUUCAGCCGAACUCUUGACCCAACUGAUGAUAAUGCUACUGAUCAUAUGCUGACAGAUGAACCUACACCAUCUGAUGACAAUAAAGGAUGGUUGGACAAAUUCUGCACUGAACUUGGAUAUCGCAAUCUGACUUUCCUAACUGGCCUGUGUGAUAGUAGCCCUACAUCUGCCAAUAAGAAUUUCGACACCACAGACGGAUGCUUCUCUGCCAUUGGAUUCAGAAUCAUUAAAGUCACGAUCGCAGUACUACUGCAACAACUCAUCAGCGAUAAGCAAAAGGAUGAGUGCGAAGGCUGCGAUACCCAGUUCCAAGCGGAUCUCGUUGACAUGUCGGCCUAUUCCAAAGACAAUGAUAAUAAUAAAUAUCUGCUAACAUGCAUCGAUGUAUUUAGCAAGUAUGCAUGGGCACGUGUGUUAAAGAAUAAGAGCGGGGUCGAAGGAACUAAAGCGUUUGAAUCUAUACUCCAAGAUGGCCGAGUACCUCAGAAAUUGCAGACGGACCAGGGGAAGGAAUUUUUCAACAAACAUUUUCAAGAUGUGAUGAAAAAGCAUGACAUUAAUCAUUUUGCAACGGCUACUGAUUUGAAAGCCAGCGUCGUUGAAUGAUUUAAUAGAACGCUAAAAAGUCGAAUGUGGCGAUUUUUAAUGGCUACAAAUUCCCGGCGUUACAUAGACGUUUUACAAGAUAUUUUACAGGGCUACAACACCAGUUAUCAUCGUAGUAUUAGAAUGAGACCGGUGGACGUCAACAAAGAAAAUGAGGGUCUGGUGUUUCAAAAUCUGUACGGAGAUAUAAAGAAGAAUGAAAAAGCAGUGUUUAAAUAUAAAGUCGGAGACGUUGUUCGGAUUUCUAAAGUGAGAGGUCCAUUCACCAAAGGAUAUGAACAGAACUACACAGAAGAAUUUUUCACAAUAUCCUCAUGUAUUCCACGCCAGCCUCCUGUUUACAGACUGUCUGAUUAUGACGGUGAGGUCAUCGACAGAGUUUUUUAUGAAAAAGAGUUACAAAAAAUAAUCGUGAGCAAAAACAAAGCAUUUAAGAUAGAAAGAUUUUAGGGGAGAAAAAACAGGGGAGAUCUACACUUGUCUUAGUGAAAUGGUUAGGUUGGCCACCGAAAUUUAAUAGUUAUGUAGACAAAAAAAACUCUGGUGGACUUGCAAUCGCCUUAAAACACAUGAACGCAUACAGGAUUUGAUCAUUUGAGUAAACGUACCAUGGGCGACGAUGGAUUCUACGUUACGCUGCCGUGCAACGCUUCUUUGUCGGUUUAUCCGGAAAAUCGUAUCUCUAGUUACAGAACAAGGUUAGCGAGUCCUAUCAACUUGAAAGGUAAAUGGGAGGUCGUGCUCGUUGAAAUUGAAUAUCCUAGAAGUUGGUACUCCUUUAAUGAUGAAGACGGGAUUUUCACCCUACACACCGCCCCCGCACCGGUCACGAAACAUACACAACAUACCCCAGACCCAUAUCCAUUUAAAGAAUUAUCAGGGUUUUAUGUAUCAAGAAAGGUACAAAUAGACGGUGGGUACUACGCGAACGUUCGUGAUGUGAUCCGUGCGAUAAGUAACA